AACUUAUUUCACAACUCAAAACUAUCAAAACAAAUUCUAUUCUUUUCACUCCCUUUUGAUAUUCAAUUUUCAUAUCCAAAUUCCAUAUAUUGCUAACACAAAUGGCAUCAAUUAACAUGAAACUAUUCGCGGCAGUCCUAGUUAUGUUGAUGACAAUAUCUACUAUUAGCAAUGUAGCUGCUCAAGAAGCCCCGGCUCCGGCCCCUGGUCCUACUUCAGACGCUAGCGUUUUUGUUCCAACGGCUGUUGCAUCUCUCGUUGCGCUAUCUUUUGGAUUCUUAUUUUAAACCGAUAUGACGAGAAAUUAAUAUGUUUUGUUUUGUUUUGUGACGAGUUGAGUUGAUAUGUUAUGCAAGUGACCGUGCUUUGCCUAUGUAUCAUAUUGUUUCUAUUUUAUUUUUCUAUGUGAAAUCAUUCUUUAUGAGAA